CUAGUGUCAGUCGGAUUCUGACGCAUUCUGACGUGUACGAUAUAAUUGUGCUAUCGUCAAUAGGUUAGUUCGGAGUGUUAGAUAUCGGGUUUUUCCUUUAUUAUUAUUAAGAAGUUAUAAUACGAUCAUGCUCGAUCUUUUUACGAUAUUUAGUAAAGGUGGCAUCGUAUUAUGGUGUUUCCAGAGUACGUCGCAAAUUUUUACUCCUAGCGUCAACGCUUUGAUCAGGAGUGUUAUCCUGCAAGAACGUACAGGAAAUCACACCUUCGAACACGAGUCGUUACGCCUACAGUAUAAACUGGAUAAUGAAUUUGAAUUAGUAUUCGUAGUGGCGUAUCAAAAAAUACUUCAGUUAUCGUACGUAGAUAAGUUCUUAAACGACAUACAUCUACAGUUUAGGGAUAAAUUUAAAAACGAGUUAGAAACGUCUCAAUGGUUCUCUAAUUUUGAAUUCAAACAAUAUUACGAUCGUGUGUUGGCUGCCGCCGAACAAUGGGCAAGGGCGCAGGCUAAAAUACCUAAACAAAUGCGUACCUUCGACGAGAGUCUAAAAUCUAAAAAGACUGUCGCUAGUAUGAUAGAGAGAAAAGAUGACAAGGAUAAUAAGAAACAGGGUAAAAGGAAGAAGGGAACUAUUAACAAUAACGAAAUCGAUCAAGCAAAGGUGCAAGAAAUAUCGAAGCAAUUGGACUUUCCUAAAUCGCAAAUAAAUCAUAACGGAGAAGUGGACGAGGAAACGCUUAUCGCAAAUCGUAUGAGGCUUGCUCAAAAAUUAUCCGGGCAGAAGAAAAAAGCUGAUAAGCAGAAGAGUCCCAAGUCGGAGAAAGCGGGAAAGAAACCACGCGUUUGGGAACUUGGAGGCACUACCAAGGAUCUUGCUUCGCUGGAACGUACCAAAGAUAAGCCGGAAGAAGUUGGAGAUUAUGUUCCAGCCGAUACAGGAUUGGUGGGUAAAAUGAAGGGUACCAUUCGUGACUUGGAAGUUGAGAGCGAUCCCGACGACGAAGAUUCUGACGAUAGGGAAAUGGAAAGUUCGAAAGCACAAGUACAAAAGAAAGCAAAUAGCAUGUUUUCUAUGUUUAAGAGCCUUGUCGGCAAUAAGUCUUUAAAGCACGAGGAUAUGCUUCCGGUCCUGGAAAAGUUCAAGGAUCACUUGAUUUCAAAGAACGUAGCGGCCGAUAUCGCACAAAAGCUGUGCGAUUCUGUUCGGGUUAAGUUGGAAGGAAAAGUGCUUGGUACGUUCGAGAGUGUAACGAGUACGGUUAGAGCCACUUUAACCGAUGCGUUGGUACAAAUAUUAUCUCCGAAACGGAGAGUCGAUAUUUUAAGGGAUGCUCUUGAAGCUAAAAAGAAUAAUAGACCAUACGUUAUGGCAUUUUGCGGCGUUAAUGGAGUAGGCAAAUCUACCAAUUUGGCUAAGAUUUGCUUUUGGUUGAUAGAAAACAACUUUCGUGUACUUAUUGCAGCGUGCGAUACCUUUAGAGCUGGCGCAGUGGAGCAAUUGAGAACCCAUAUGCGCCAUCUAAAUGCUCUUCACCCUCCGGAGAAACACGGAAAUCAAUCCAUGGUUCAGCUUUAUGAGAAAGGUUACGGAAAAGACGCGGCCGGUAUAGCCAUGGAGGCGAUUAGAUUCGCCAAGGAUUCCAGGUUCGAUGUUGUUUUAGUGGAUACCGCCGGAAGAAUGCAGGACAAUGAACCGUUGAUGAGAGCUUUGGCCAAAUUGAUCAAAGUAAACGAACCGGAUUUGGUAUUAUUCGUUGGCGAGGCUCUCGUCGGAAACGAAGCUGUAGAUCAAUUAGUGAAAUUCAAUCAAGCUCUGGCCGAUUACAGUAAUUCCGUCAAUCCUCAUAUCAUCGAUGGCAUUGUUUUGACCAAGUUUGAUACCAUCGACGACAAGGUGGGCGCAGCUAUUUCGAUGACUUACAUUACCGGACAGCCGAUCGUUUUCGUUGGAACUGGACAAACGUAUACGGAUUUAAAGUCGUUGAACGCCAAAGCUGUUGUACACGCUCUGAUGAAAUGAACGCUACCUAAAGCAGCGUAUGAACGAAAAUUACGAUAUUCUUUGCUAUUCAAAUUUAUUUACGUAUCGUGCGAGGAAAAUUACAAAAAGACGACGAUCUACAAAGAAAAAAUAGAUUACUUUACAGGACGUCAUAUUAAAACGAGUGAAGGUGAAGUUAAGAAAAAAAUUUCUCGACGUCGUUAGGAUAUCAGUGACCUCGAUCGUACAGCAUUCCUAUUGGAUUAUAUCAUAAAUUAUGUAACGUUAUAUUUAUUGUACACCUUUAAUACAACAGUUUUAUAGAAGAAAUC